AUGGUUGAAUUUGUUGGGAAUGAUAAUGAGGAUGUAAUUGAGGAAGUAAACAUUACGGAUGAUGAAGAAGAAAAUGGAGCCGAUGAUGAUGUAGUGAGUCCUCCAUUUGUUGGGAUGGUAUUCCAGAGUUGGGAAGAAGUGGAUACGUACUACAAAAGGUAUGGGAGACAACAAGGAUUUGGCAUACUCCGUGCUGCAGGGUCGCGUCGGGUUGAGGGGAAAAUGGUUUACUCAACUAGGGAUGAGCUUGGCACCAAAAGGUCAAAGAAAUGUGAUUGCUCGGUUCUAAUGUAUUGCAACAGGACCAAGGAUGGGGAAUGGGUGGUUAAAAGGGCAGUUAAUGAGCAUAAGAACCAUUGUCCAACACCGAGGAAAUCUAGGUAUGUUCCUAGGUAUCGACAGGAAGACAUCACCUCUCUUGUAAAGAGGAAGUUGUUUAAUGACUACAACUCGGGUGCUAACGUUCCUCAGAUAUUUAACUGUCUAGCUAGCGAGAGGAAUGGAGUUGAGAACGUGACAUUCACUAAAAAAGAUCUUCAAAACAUCAUUGCUAGGGAUAAGGCAGAAAAGAUGAAGGAGGGAGAUUGGAAUGCAAUGUGGAAGUACUUUAAAGCGAUGUCUACUGACAACGAAAAUUUCUUUCACAAGCAUAGGGUGGGUGAGGAUAACAUAUUAAAGGAUGUGAUGUGGGUAGAUGCUAGGAGUAGAGCUGCUUACGAAGAUUUUGGAGAUGUUGUAGUGUUUGACUCCACCUACUUAACAAACGAGUAUGACUUGCCAUUUUCUAACUUUGUUGGGGUUAAUCACCAUGGUCAAACCAUUCUGCUUGGGUGUGCAUUGUUAUCCCAUGAAGAUUCAGAGACCUUUGAAUGGUUAUUUACUGAGUGGUUGUCAUGUAUGUCUAACAAAAAACCCAUUGGUUUUCUUACUGACCAAGACGCUGCCAUGAGGAAGGCCCUACGAGAAGUAAUGCCUGAUGUCCGACAUCGAUGGUGCUUGUGGCACAUACUUACCAAGUUCAGUCACAAACUAGGAAAAUACAAUGACUAUGAGCUGUUCAAAGUUGAGCUUCAUAAUGUGAUUUACAACAGCCUUACCAAGAAUGAAUUUGAAGUGCAAUGGACUGAUGUAAUCAAGAAGUAUAAACUGGAGGGUGAGAUUUGGCUUGCAGGAUUAUACCAUGGAAGGGAAAUGUGGGUGCCUGCAUUUAUGAACGGGAUGUUUUGGGCUGGAAUGAAGAGCACUCAAAGAUCCGAAAGCAUAAACAGGUUCUUUGAUGGGUUCGUUGAUAAGCACACUCGAUUGUUUGAGUUUGCUCCAUUUUAUAUUAAAGCAGUGGAAUCUAGAGCUAACGAUGAGCAACAGGCUGAUGCAGCUGACCAAAGGGCAGUUCGCCCGUUGGCCACCCAAUUUAGUGUUGAGAGAGCCUUUAGAAAGGUGUACACAGAUGCAAAAUUCCUCGAGGUUCAAGAGCAGUGCAAUCGUGUACUGUACCUUACUUCUCUUGAGACUACUAUGGUGUCAGCUGAAGUUGCACAUCAUAAGCUGGAGGACAGAGUGUGGGUGUUGUGUAAGGAAACCCGCAAGGAAUUUUCAACAAAGUACAGGCGGAAUUAUAUCGUGCAGAUAAAUUUGGAGACUAAAUUGGCGGAGUGCGAAUGCAAGCUAUUUGAAAGUGACGGUAUACUUUGCAGGCACAUUAUAAAAGUGUAUGACAUGCAUGACAUUCAAGAUGUCCCAGAUGUUUAUAUUCUUCGUAGAUGGAGGAAAGAUGUGUCAAGGGAAGCACUCGCACGUGAAGGUGGUGUACCAUGA